AUGUCCUCAGCCGGCGUAUCAACCCAAGGGGCUUCCCUACUCUACGCAGUUGACUGGCUACUGGACCGCGUACGCAGUAUGACGACAGUAAUGACAAGCAUGGCGGUGAACGCCUACAUUGAUGCGGAUGCUAAACGACGCAAACGGAAAGGGCGCGAAGCCGAAGACGCCGAGGACCCUCUCGAGUCCUCUUCUUUCGACCACGACUCAGUCGUGUGA